GUCACUUCCGUUCUUUACAGCGUUGCUUUGCAGGUCACGAAGAAGGACAUCGGAAGGUUCUGCACCUUUUAUGAUAUUAUGAUUGCUGGAGCUCAGAAAACAUUUGCAAAAUGAAAUGAUGUGAAAAUAUUAAGGAAAAGUAACUCAUUCUGCUGGAAACAAGGGUAACAGCUUGAACAUGUACCCGGGAAAUUGAAUGUGUCUAACUUAUUAACCAUCUACUGGAAAGACUAGACGAGAAGGUGGAAGAAGGUCGCCUGGAUUUAGGACAGUGGCACUAUGUUCUAGUGUAUGUACAGAUGCUGCUUCCGGUAGACUGAUGGUGCAUGAGAUUAACCUAAGGACUUUCCAAAACAUCAAGGGAGGCAAUUUUUUAGAACUGUGAUAUACUAUUAUAUUUGAGGUGGAAAUAUUCUUUGACACCAUGGCAACUAAUAUAUUUCAAAGAAAACUUUCACAAAUUGGGAGAUCUGGACGAUUGCGAAAUAUCUAUACAUCAACAUUUUGUUUAAGGUCAAGGCAAAAUAUAAUUGUUGUUAACAUGAAAACCGUUCAAGGUCAAAGUUCCCAUGAUAACUCACAGGUGAGAGCCUACUGUUCCUCAACUGGGAGACAGAAGUUGGUGAUCCUUGGGUCAGGGUGGGGCAGUUAUGCUGUCCUUAAGUCCAUAGACAAGAAAAAGUUUGAUGUGGUAGUGGUGAGUCCACGUAACCAUUUCCUGUUCACCCCACUGCUGGCAAGCACCACAGUCGGGACCUUGGAGUUCAGAUCAAUCAUUGAGCCGGUGAGGAACACAGGAUUCCGACAGACUGACCAUUUCCAUCUGUCGUAUGCUCGGAGUUUGGACAUGGAGAAGAAACAGAUAACAUGUGAGAGUGUUCUGAAAUCCGACCUAACUUACAACCUUGAUUAUGACAAGCUUGUCAUUGGCGUUGGAGCACUCAGCAACACAUUCAAUAUACCUGGGGUCAUAGAAAACUCUUUCUUCCUUAAGGAAGUUGCAGAUGCCAGGAAGAUACGUAACCAGAUUCUAUCUAACUUUGAGUUGUCAACACAGCCUGGAGUUAACUAUGAAGAGGCGAAGCGUCUGUUACACUUCGUCAUAGUGGGAGGUGGACCAACAGGAGUGGAGUUUGGAGCAGAGUUGUAUGACUUUGUGGAACAGGACGUAUCUAGACUGUACAAACAGAAGCAAUAUGAGGUCAGGGUCACGCUCAUUGAAUCCAACCAGAUCCUUGGUGCCUUUGAUGAACGCCUCAGAAAGUAUGCAGAAAAGAAGAUCAGGGAGCGGAACAGGUUUACCCUGUUACAAUCAUCUGUAACAGAAGUAAAGUCAGACAGGGUAGUACUGACGGAUGGCAGUACACUGCCUUGUGGUCUGGUGGUCUGGAGCACGGGUGUGGCUCCCAGACCUUUUGUUAAGUCCCUGGACGUCCCUAAAAAUAAACAAGGACAGAUACUGACAGACGAGUACCUGAAUGUAUUGGGUGAUUCCACCAGGAGUGUGUUUGCCCUCGGGGACUGUGCCGAUAUAGAAACCAUGCCCCUUCCAUGUACUGCACAGGUUGCUGAGAGGGAAGGAAGAUACUUAUCAGCACAGCUAGCUAAAGCUGAUCCCACAACCGAGCCUUUCAAGUUCCAGAGCAUGGGAAUGUUGGCCUAUAUCGGUCGGUACCAAGCUCUGACUGAUGUCCCACAGGUCAAGAUGCAAGGGUUUACCUCCUGGCUACUAUGGCGGUCGGCCUAUCUCACACGACUUGGAAGCUGGAGACUGAGGAUGCAGGUACCACUGGAUUGGUUAAAGACAAUUCUGUAUGGGCGCGAUGUGUCUAGAUUUGAGUGAGAACUUCUUAUUGUGAAAAAUUCAUCAGGACUAUUCUGUAAGGACGGGAUGUGUCUGUGUUUGAGUAGAAUGUCAUCAGAACUAUUCUGUCAGGACGGGAGGUGUCUGUGUUUGAGUAGAAUGUCAUCAGAAAUAUUCUGUCAGGACGGGAUGUGUCUGUGUUUGCGUAGAAUGUCAUCAGAACUAUUCUGUCAGGACGGGAUGGGUCUGUGUUUGAGUAGAAUGUCAUCAGGACUAUUCUGUCAGGACGGGAUGUGUCUGUGUUUGGGUAGAAUGUCAUCAGGACUAUUCUGUCAGGACGGGAUGCGUGUGUGUUUGAGUAGAAUGUCAUCAGAACUAUUCUGUAAGGACGGGAUGUGUCUGUGUUUGAGUAGAAUGUCAUCAGGACUAUUCUGUCAGGACGGGAUGUGUGUGUGUUUGAGUAGAAUGUCAUCAGAACUAUUCUGUCAGGACGGGAUGUGUCUGUGUUUGAGUAGAAUGUCAUCAAAACUAUUCUUUGUGGACAUGGCAUAUCUCAGUUUGAGUGAGAACUGUAGGAAUACAUAAUUAUACUAUACCCUCGCAACAAAGUUAGGGGGGGUAUACUGGAAUCACCCUGUCUGUCUGUCUGUCUGUCUGUCUGUCCACAGUAACUUGUCCUGAAAACUCCU